AUGGCGGCGACAGCGCUUUUGCUUCAGCUGUUUACAUUGUUAUCAACUUUAAUAUCGGUUACCGCAGCUGUCAAGUACACACCCGACUGGAAGUCUUUGGACUCAAGGCCGUUGCCCGCCUGGUAUGAUGAUUCCAAAAUUGGAAUUUUCCUUCACUGGGGAUUGUUUUCAGUACCAGCAUACAAGUCGGCAUGGUUUGUUUACUUCUUCAAACAUAAUUAUCCGGAUUACGUGAAAUUCGUACACGACAACUACGGUCCACAGUUCACCUUCGCUGAUUUUGCACCCCUCUUCCAUGCAUAUUUUUAUAACCCUGAUGGAUGGGCAGAUAUUUUUGAAGCUUCCGGAGCAAAAUAUGUGGUAUUGGUUACAAAACACCAUGAAGGCUUCACAAUGUGGCCGUCGAACCAUUCCUGGAACUGGAACGCUUAUGAUGUUGGACCUAGAAGAGAUUUAGUAGCUGAGCUUGCCACUGCUGUUAAGAAGAAGAAGGACAUGCAUUUUGGGGUGUACCACUCUCUGUUUGAGUUCUUUAAUCCUUUAUAUAUUGCAGACAAAAACAAUAACUAUAAAACUCAAGAAUUUGUAAGAACAAAGGCCAUGCCUGAGCUGUACGAACUUGUCAACAAUUACAAACCCGAUAUUGUCUGGUCAGAUGGUGAUUGGGAAGCCCCAGAUACUUACUGGAACUCAACAGAGUUUAUUGCUUGGCUUUACAAUGAAAGUCCAGUGAAAGAUACAGUAGUGAUUAAUGACCGCUGGGGAAACAACACAAGAUGUCGACAUGGAGGCUUCUGGAACUGUCAUGAUAAAUUCAAUCCAGGAAAGUUAUUCACUCCAAAAUGGGAAAACUGCAUGACAGUAGAUAAGAGAGCGUGGACACAUCGUCGUGAUGUCACUGCAGAGGACUGUCAAACUGUCAACGAAUUGAUCUCAGUGAUGGCAGAGACUGUAAGCUGUGGUGGUAACCUACUAAUGAAUGUCGGACCCUCUGCUGAUGGUAGGAUCAUCCCAAUUUUUGAACAAAGGCUUAGACAGUUUGGAGCAUGGAUGAAGGUCAAUGGGGAGGCCAUUUACAAAUCCAAACCAUGGCAUACGCAAAGAGACCCAUUUGACAAACAAGUCUGGUACACUUCUAAGAAAGAUGUCAAUGGAACAUCUGUGUAUGCUAUCAUCCUGAAUUGGCCCAAGUACAAUGCAUUGACCCUAGGAGCUCCAGUUACCGGUCAAAACACUGUCAUCAAGAUGCUUGGCUAUGACAAACCAUUCAAGUUUUAUGAAGGGCUGAACAAGACUGUGGAAGUAAUUUUUCCAAACAUUCCUGUGAAUUUGAUGCCAUCCUAUGAUGCUUGGGUCUUAAAGAUGACAAACUUGGAAAAUCAACAUGUGCCACAUGAUGACAAACCUGCAAGGGAUGCCUUCGUCAAACCCAUAGACAUGAUGGACUUUUUGUGAAUUAGCUCACCAGAUAUUGGUGUUGGCAAAGGUUUGUGAAUUUGGUGAAAACUGUAUAGACUGACACUCUGAAGGAUACAUAAAUUUUUUUUUACUUUAUUUAUGAGUUCUGAGGUGUCAGUUUAGACGGGUUGAUUGAUGUUUGACUUGACACCAGUUUACACCCAAAGUGAUGUUUGACGUUCAAUGUGAUUGCUUAUUUUCUAUUUUGUAUUUUUAUUUACAUCAUUAAGGAUCUUUUAUUUUACUUUUUUUUAUUUUCUGACAGUUUACUUAUAUGAAAUCUUGAUCUGUAAAUGUUCUCUCUUUAGUGAUAACUGAUUGAAUGCUUUUGUGAUUAUAAUUUACACAUUUAAUUAUCAUUAUACUCAACCAUCAACUCACUUCCUAUUACAAAUAUUUGAAACUUGUGUGUGAUAAUUAUUCAAACAUAUCUUGUAUUACAUAUGAUAAGACAUUUUACAAGGGAAAAUAAAGCUUCUACAAAUGAAAAAGUCAAUACUGUUAACUAUUAGUGGAAGUUCUUUUUAAAUCUUUUAUUAUUUUUUAGUCUUUUUUAGUCUAAUUAAUCCCAGAUUUUCGGAAGUAACAUCAUCAGUAUAAAAUAAAAAGGUAGUAAUAGAUGGUUUCAAAAUUGUCAAAUAACAUAACUGUAUUAAUUUUUGUCUUAUGAUUGUCUAGUUAGUCAGUGAAUAUACCCAUGUCCUUAUUAAGUGUAUAACAUAUGUAAUACAGCUUUAUGUGACUUCACUUUAGAUAAUGAAAUGACAUCACACGUCCAUAGAUAGAAUUGCAACAUUACAAUGGAGACUGAAGAUAAUAGUGCGGACAUGACUUCAAGUUUUACAUAGCAGUGUCCUCUUUCUACAGUAUUUGCUUGAAAAAUGUGGUAAAAAGGAUCUAAAAUUUGUUUCCGUUUGACAUGUGAUUUAUGGAACAAAAGGCUCACUGAAAUGAGAAAACAUCCAUGAAAUCCACAUUAAAACUCCUGUAAGAUCCUAUAUAUAUUACUACAUUAAAACUCCUAUAAGAUCCUAUAUAUAUUACUACAUUAAAACUCCUGUAAGAUCCUAUAUAU